AUGAACGUGCAGAGUAUUCGCAUCGUUGCUGCUGGAGAGGAUUCUCUUCCUCACAGCGUGCGUGUCUGCUACGAGGACGCAGAGGGCCGAGUUGUACCUUACCCUGCUUCCAACUAUCGCAUCAUUACCGAGGAGACCCACCACCGUGAGAUGAUGUUCAACAGACACAUCGUCAGCUACUUCCAGCUCUGCAUCAACGUCAUAGUGGCCUACUUUUUCGGCUUCCUGGUCUGCUACGGCAUGCUCAGCAUCAUCCGCCCUUGCUCUGCUCACGGAACCGUCAACCCGGCCUUCGAGGUCGCCGCUCGCCAGGAGUACUCCCUCGACAACACCAUGAAUCUUGCUCACUGCAACAUCCAGCUCGAGAAGCGCGGCUACAUUGACGAGGCUGCCUUUCGCCGAGCUCAGCUUGCCAACUCCCUUCGUCAUGCGGGCAUUACCAUGCGUGACAUCGACUCUGUUCUCAGCACCGACCAUGAGAUCACUGAUGACAGCGUCAACUGGCACACUCCCGAUGCUGACAUCUUCGCCACUCGUGAUGAUGGUUGCGUUCUCAGCAUCGAGACUACUGAGGGUCCUUUCUACGUCGAGGGAGAGCUCGACCGCUUCGACCUGACCGAUGGCCAGUCUGGCAUUCCCAUGUACCUCGACCUCCAGAUCAUCGACACCGAGACCUGUCAGCCCGUUCCCGACAUCUGGGUUGAAGUCUGGCACACCAACUCCACCGGCAUUUACUCCGGCGUCGUCUCCAAGGCCAACGGCGCAGGCGAAGCUGACCCCUCCAACGCAGACAAGACCUUCCACCGCGGCCUUCGCAAGACCAACGCCAACGGCGCCGUCUGGUUCGGCACCAACCUGCCCGGCCACUACUCCGGCCGCACCCCGCACAUCCACAUUAUGACCCACGUCCCGGGCACCGAGCGCCUCGCCAACGGCACCAUCCAGGACAACGUCGCUACCCACGCGGGCCAGCUCUUCCUCGACCAGAAGCUCGUCGAUACCUUCCGCAAGCACGAGCGCUAUGCCGCCAACGAGCAGACGUUCAUCGAGAACAAGCAGGAUUACUAUUUCCGUCAGGAGGCGAACUUUACGGAUCCUGUGAUGAGCUAUGUUCUGCUUGAUCAUGAGGAUCGUGAUAUCGAGAAGGGUGUUAUGGCUUGGAAGCUUGUGGGUGUGAACAUGACCAAUGUUCGCGAGAUCCACGUGGCUCAUCAGUUGGAGGGUUAG